ACAUCUAUGGGACUGCCCAUAGAUAUCUAUGGGACUGCCCGCUUCAUGCUAAUGAGGUGUGGGGACAGCGGGUUGGUUUUACUACUGGAAACGUUGAACUCAGCGGCACACAGAGAAAAUCUCGGCACACAGAAGGAGACACCUUAUUCCGCCCUGGAUAUUAUACAGCACCGAGCCGCUUGGAUGUGCAAUAUGACUUUUGAAGAAACCAGUGGAGAUAAUUCUUCAGAAAGGAUGGACUCGGUGGCUACAGCACUAGAGGAGGUCCUGAGCUCUGCAUUGCCUCAGGGUUGCAUCACUGUAGGAGUCUAUGAGGCAGCAAAGUCACUAAAUGCUGAUCCAGACAAUGUGGUGUUGUGUCUGCUGGCCACAGACGAUGAGGAGGAUGUGGCUCUCCAGAUUCAUUUCACCUUGAUCCAGGCGUUCUGCUGCGAGAAUGACAUCAACAUCCUGCGUGUGAGCAACAUGAGGCGUCUGGCAGAAAUCCUGGGAGGAGUGAAGCCUGGAGCGGAGCCCAUGGACCUGCACUGUGUGCUCGUUACUAAUCCCCAGUCGUCACUGUGGAAGGACCCUGCACUGAGCAAAGUGACCAGAUUCUGCAGAGAAAGUCGCUGCCUGGAUCAGUGGGUUCCUGUUAUCAACCUGCCUGACCGAUGAAACCUCCUGGAAUAUUAAUGUAUUGUGUGCAUUGGGGGAAAAGUAACUGCACAAGGCCUGUGUUAAUGUCUGUGUUGGGCUUCUUUGGAAAGUGCCCCAGAGAGAGAAAGAGAGAGAGAGAGACAGGAGGGGCAGCAGAAAGAACACAAGGAAGCGAAAUGUUCCAACAAAUUUACCAGGUCACAGGGAACUUGUGGGCCAAGGAAGAAUGACUCAGCAGUCUGGGUUCCAGGAUUUCCAAUGUAUGACUGCGCCUUUCUCUGCCGAGAAAGAAGCCUUUACAGGAAACUGAACCAUGUGAGCGGACAAGCACAUGUGGUGGUGAGCACCAGCGCACGACUGGGGGAAAGCAGACAGUGAGCCUCAGUUGACAAGACUCCAAGAACUGGACCAUGUUGGACUGGGCCAGUCAGAGCUCUCAGCUGGAAGAAUUCCUCAUGAAAAUUAGACCAAAUCCAAGCAUUUCUUUAACAGCACAUUUAUUUAAUAGUAUUUAAGACGUGUCACUUUGAUAACUCAAAAGGGAAAGUUUUCACACUUUAUUAUUAUUAUUAUUAUUAUUAUUUUAAGGGCAAUGCAAUGUUUAGACUUGUCCACUAACUGAUGUUUAAUGUGUUAAUAAUUUAAUGAAUUAUAUUUAUUGUGCACAGUUCAUGGAAUUCUGCUUUGUUAAGUUGAAUGAAAUAAACAAACAACCAACAGUUUA